CAUGACCUUUUAGUGGGCGUGGCUGUUGUAAAAACAUGGGUGACCUUUGAACCAUGCCAGAUUGUGGGCGUGGCUUUAUCGGGGAAGUAUCGACGUCAGCCUUGCUGACGCUGGAAAGUCCACGAAAGCAGUGAACGCGCAGACACGAUCUACGAGCCUCCGGGAGCUAGCUACAAACACCAUGAGAUAACGGGAGAGUCUGAAGCCUCGAGUGGAGUAGCUAAUGGGGCAGCAGAUAUCGUCUUGCCAGCAGUGCUCCCCGGACACCCAAGAGCGCCUCCUGCCUCUGGAGAGUUUUCCUGAUCUUGCCAGCUUGCCUCCUGAGCUAGCCGCACAGGUUUUGUCUCAUCUGGAUGCCACUGAUCUUUGCCUGGCCUCAUGCGUCAAUGAGAGUUGGUGGGGACUUGCAAACAUUGACCCUCUCUGGAAACAACUCUGCUACAAAAAGUGGGGGAAGGUGUCUGCCUACACCUCAGACUAUCCACUCAAGAAUUCUUACAAGAAGCUCUAUCUGGUGCUGGACAACGGGACUCUGACGUUUGCUGCGGAUCCUCAUGAGGGAAUCUCUUACCUGGUGGCUAUGGGGGUCCUGGAGGACAGGUCCGAGGCAAUCGCAGAGUUCAUUCACCACACCACUCUCCUCGACUGGAAAAGUUUGGAGAGACUCCUUAGAGAAAGACGAGAUGUGCUACAGGUUCUGGUAAAGCUGCACAGAUACGACAACAUGUUCCUUCCCGACGCCCUCCGCAAGUUCUUCUCCCUCAUCCCGGCCCCUAACGAGAGGGGCCAGCACCUCGAGACCCUAUUGAAUCUCUUCUCACAGAAGUACAUUGAGUGUAACCCCAGCCUUGAUCUGGGCUCUGAUACAAUAUUUGUGGUGUGUUACUCUCUCAUUCUCUUGAGCGUGGACCUCACCAGUCCCCACGUCAAGAACAAGAUGUCAAAAAGAGAGUUCAUCCGUAACUUGCGGCAGGCCACUCCUGACGUGAGCAGUGAACUCCUCGGUCACAUGUACGACAACAUUUACCUCUCUGGACACGUAGCUACCGAGUACAGCUGAGUGGGCGUGGUCAUCCAGCCAGCCACGCCCACUCAUUACAUGUUGAAUGUCAAAUAGUGUAUGUAUCUUACAGUUUGUGAAAAUGAUAAUAGUUUUACCAAGAGAGAACAUUGAUAAUAAAACUGGCAGAUAAUAAUAGGUUAUGAAAACACAAUCAUCCGUUUUUCCUGAAAUAUUCGACAAUGUUUACGAGAGUAGAGUAAGUUCCAAACAGAAAUCCCACUAUUCCGGUUACAGUGAUGGCAAUGUCUUUGACAAAGAGAGGUAGCCACCAUCUCCGAGACUUCCUCUGGGGAAAUACAGUGAGCAUCUCCAGACAUGGUGGGAUGAUGAAGGCCAGGGCACUGCAGGAGAAAGCUCCGACUAGACUGAUGAGGUCCUCCAGGUCUGGCAGACUCACUGCUAUUCCAGCUGUAAUGAGGACAACUGUUAGUCUGAAGAGGAUUUGGAAAGUGGAGAAGACCCAGUUACGGCGGUGAGGAAACCGGUACUCC